AUGAUGACUAAAAAAACAAAUUUUGUUUUCAACAUUAUUCUUCUUUUACUAUCAUGUCAUGACUUAAACUUAGCUAAUGCUGCAGGUGGCAAAUGGGACUUACUUAUGUCCAACAUUGGCAUUUCCGCUAUGCACAUGCAACUCCUCAACAACGAUAGAGUCAUUAUAUAUGAUCGUACUGAUUUUGGUGCAUCUAAUAUUUCCUUGCCUAAUGGCAAAUGUCGUAACAAUCCUAAAGACCUUGUAUUAAAAAUCGAUUGUACUGCCCACUCUGUAGAAUAUGACGUGUCUACUAAUUCAAUACGACCUCUCAUGGUCCAGACCGAUGUGUGGUGCUCCUCGGGCUCUGCCACCUCUGACGGUACGUUGGUUCAAACCGGUGGAUUCAACGAUGGAAGAAAUAUGGUGAGAACGUUCAAACCGUGUAGCACUUGUGACUGGCAAGAAAUUGGAAAUGGAUUAAUUCAAAGUCGAUGGUAUUCCACCAAUCAUAUUCUUCCUGACGGAAGCCAAAUUAUAAUAGGAGGCCGUGAUACUUUUAAUUACGAGUUUUUUCCUAAAACUGCGUCAACAAACAAAGUAUUUAAUCUACCGUUUAUUCAACAAACUAAUGUUCCUAAAGAGGAAAACAAUCUCUACCCAUUUGUUUUUCUCAACGUGGACGGAAAUUUAUUCAUUUUCGCAAACAAUCGAGCUAUAUUACUCGAUUACACAACAAAUACGAUAGUGAAAACGUAUCCACAAAUACCUGGUGGCGAUCCAAGAAAUUAUCCAAGUACGGGUUCUGCAGUUCUUCUUCCUUUAAAGGCACAAACAAUUCAAGCUGAGGUUUUGGUAUGUGGUGGAGCCCCAAUUGGCUCAUAUCUCAAAGCGGCAAGAGCUAAUACUUUUGUAGGUGCGUUAAAUACUUGUGGGCGGAUUACAAUUACAGACCCGAAUCCACAAUGGAACAUGGAGACAAUGCCACUAGCUCGAACAAUGGGUGAUAUGGUAAUUUUACCAAAUGGAAAUGUCUUGAUUGUAAAUGGAGCCGCGGCGGGUACGGCUGGAUGGGGAAUUGCUAGGAACCCGGUUUUGAGUCCGGUAAUUUACCGACCCGAUAACCCGUCUGGUUCUAGAUUCGAGAUACAAAAUCCGAAUGCAAUACCUAGAAUGUAUCACUCAACAGCAGUUUUACUCCGUGAUGGACGAGUUCUUGUUGGUGGUAGUAAUCCAAAUGAGCUUUACAAUUUCACUAGAGUUCUUUUUCCAACGGAUUUAAGUUUAGAGGCAUUCUCACCAUCCUACUUGGAUUCAAACUCUGCUAAUUUGCGACCACAAAUCAUUUUUCCGGGUUCUCAUAAAAAGAUCAAGUAUGGACAACGUCUUAAUAUUCGUUUUACUCUUUCUGGAUCACUCGUCAACACAAAUUUGAUCAAGGUGACGAUGGUUGCACCCGGAUUUAACACACAUUCGAAUACUAUGAAUCAAAGAAUGCUUAUUCUUUCGAAUGAAAAGGUAAAAAGGACCGGAAUACUCACUUAUCAAGUCAGUUCAAUUUUCCCUAAUUCAGGUAAAUUAGCACCACCAGGUUAUUAUUUGUUAUUUGUGGUUAAUCAAGAUAUACCAAGUGAAGGAAUUUGGAUCAAGAUUCAAUAACCACAUUGGUUAUAUUUGUG